CUUAGGUGUGGUGGAGUACCCAAAAUGGCGACGGGGAUCAAUCAUAAUUCGAAGAUGUAAUGUAGAAGACACAACGUUUGUUUUAGUCGCUCAGUAAAAACAACUAUGGCUGAUAUAGAAGUGGAUAUUACCCUACUCCCCGAAGAUGUCAGAGAGAAGUUGGCAGAACUCGAUCUUGAGCUCUCGGAGGGUGACAUCACACGGAAAGGUUAUGAGAAGAAGAAGACUCGUCUCCUCACACCAUAUAUGAAACAGCAGCCUCCAGGCCAGGGGCCUAGCGCUCCAAGCCCCUCAACAGCAGCACAACGUAAAGCUCAACGUCGCUUAACUCGAGAAGAUAAUCGAUAUCAUUCCGAGAUUCGAACAGAGGCUGUGAUGCAGGCUUUGGCGAUGCAUAAUAAGCGUGUUCCUGUGAUGCCAUUGCCGUCUAAACGGACAUCGGUCAACUACCAUGGCCAGCAGAGGAGAGAGAGACAUGGAGAUUCCUCGUCUGAUGACGAUGACAGUGUGUUUGACGAGGAACAUUCCCGGGGCUUCCAGCGAGGAGGCAACAGCCGUGACAGUGGUGCUAGUUCCUCCUCGUACUCAGAUGCUGGUGCCUCCCCUCAUCACCAAGCCCAGGAACGUCCUCGCAGUCAGCAGUUCGGCAACUUCAUCAUCCCGGGAAACACAGCCAGACAUGCUCUAGCAGAUGUCAUGCAGAACUCCAGACAUUCACAUCAUAUAUCCCAGCCGCCCGAUGUGACCAACAACGCCAAGAGUCUCCGCCAGGCUGACCGUGUUGGGCGCUACAACCAGUCCUCAGUCCGCAUCACCACCACCGGCAACGUCACUGGCGUUGAGGAUGAUGGGCCUAGACACGGAAAAGUAUCAGCAAAGAUUCAACAGUUACUAAAUACUCUCAAGAGACCGAAGAGAAGACCGCUGAAGGAGUAUUUCAUGGACGAAGAUGAACACACAUUAGAAAUGCCUACUGCUGAUCCUAAUGCCCCCAAACCAGAGGGUAAUGAACUAACACCAGUACCAGGAGAACAGCUAGUAAUCCCGUCGGGCCUCCCCCACAACCUGGAGGCUGCACUGCAGAGAUAUGGAUCCUCCAGCUUCAAGGCCAACGCCGUCACUGUGCUGGACCAGCAUGGGAAACCUUCCUACAAUCUCACAUACGGCAAGCUCCUGAGUCGGACUCAGAAAAUUGCUUUCAACUUGUUGCACAAAGUAGGCCACAAGGAAGGAAUGAGCAUAAAACUAGGAGAUAGGGUGGCGCUGGUGUACCCCAACAAUGACCCUAUCUCCUUCAUCUGUGCAUUCUAUGGCUGUGUGAUGGCGGGCGUGGUGCCGGUCCCCGUCGAGGUUCCUCUUACAAAGAGGGUCAGUGAUAGACAUGAUGCAGGAGGGGCAGGUGUUGGCUUCCUGUUAGGCAGUUUGAGUGUCUGCUGGGCACUCACAUCCGAGGCUUGCUUCAAAGGGCUUCCAAAGUCCAGUAGUGGAGAGGUCAUCACUUUUAAAGGUUGGCCGAAGUUGAACUGGUUUGUGACAGAAAAUCUGAGUAAACCAACCAAAGACUGGCAGCCACCCUCCAAGGGAGAAGAUGUGCCAGCAUAUAUUGAAUACACAAUAAACAAAGACGGCAGCACAGUGGGUGUAACAGUCACAAGGAACACCAUGUUUUGCCAUUGUCGGACUCUGACCGUCGGCUGUAACUACUCCGAGGGCGAGGUGAUGGUGUGUGUGCUAGACUUCAAGAGGGAUGUAGGGCUGUGGCACGGAAUCCUCUGUAGCGUAUUUAAUGGAAUGCAUGUGAUAUUUAUUCCCUACUCCCUGAUGAAAGUGGACCCAGCAUCCUGGAUGAAGAUGGUGACAAAAUAUAAAGCAUGUGUGGCGGUGGUAAAGUCUCGAGACAUGCACUGGGGGUUGUUGGCGCAGAAGGACCACAAAGACAUCAGCUUUACCUCGUUACGAAUGCUCCUAGUGGCUGACGGUGCUAACCCCUGGUCUUUAACAUCCUGUGAUUCAUUCCUAAGUGCUUUCCAGGCCAAAGGCUUGAAGGCCGAUGCCAUCUGUCCGUGUGCUAGUUCCUCAGAAGCGCUCACCGUCUCAGUCCGCAGGCCGGGGAGAACCAGCAGCAGUGCUACAGGGCGGGGCAUCCUCUCCAUGCAGGGGCUCAGUUUCGGGGUGGUGCGAGUUGACAGUGAGAACAGUCUCACAUCACUGACACUACAGGACUGUGGACAGGUCAUGCCAGGGGCUGUGAUGGUGGUGAUUCGGUUGGAGGGUGCCCCCUACCUGUGUAAGACGGACGAGGUUGGGGAGCUGUGUGUGUGCUCCGGCUACACAGGGGCGGCAUACUGGGGACUUCAGGGACUCAGCACUGCAACAUUCCAGGUUCAGCCCCUGCACAGUGAUGGCCGACUGGCUGCAGACAAGAUGUAUGUGAGGACAGGGCUCAUUGGAUUCCUUGGACCAGGCGGGCUUGUGUUUGUGUGUGGCAGCAAGGAGGGACUGAUGCAGAUAGCAACUAGACGACACAACACUGACGACAUCAUAGCUACUGUGUUAGCUGUGGAACCUAUGAAGUUCAUCUACAGGGGCAGGAUUGCGGUGUUCUCUAUCAGUGUAUUGAAGGAUGAGAGGAUCGUGAUCAUAGCAGAGCAGAGGCCAGACUGCACAGAGGAGGAGAGCUUCCAGUGGAUGAGUCGAGUCCUCCAGGCUGUGGACAGCAUCCACCAGGUCGGCGUCUACUGUCUGGCACUUGUCCCACCCAACUAUCUGCCAAAGACACCGCUGGGAGGAAUCCACCUAUACGAAACCAAGAAGAAGUUCCUGGAGGGCUCGUUGCACCCAGCCAAUGUGUUGAUGUGCCCUCAUACCUGCGUGACGAACCUACCCAAACCUCGGGAGUUCCACCCAGGUAUGCAAGCAUUUGACGCCAGCCCGGCUGACCUUCCAUUUCACAGUGAUGUGACCCCAUCAGCAGUCCAUGUGGGCAACAUUGUACAGGGAGCCCGCAUGGCGUGGGCACAGGGGCGUGAUCUCGGGAUAGGAGAGGAGGAUGGGGAUGCUUCUAGGAAGCACCAGUUCCUGACAGAGAUUCUCCGAUGGCGAUCACAGUCCACACCUGACCAUAUCAUGUUCACCAUGCUCAAUGCCAGGAUGCAGCCCCAUCUAACUGUUACCUGCUCCCAGCUACACAAGCGUGCAGAGAGAAUCGGCUGUCUGCUGAUGGAGAAAGGAGGGCUGAACACAGGCGACCACGUGGCACUCAUCUACCCACCAGGAAUAGAGCUGAUAGCUGCAUUCUAUGGUUGCCUGUAUGUAGGGUGUGUGCCAGUGACGAUACGCCCACCCCACCCCCAGAACGUGGGCUCCACCCUCCCCACUGUCCGGAUGAUUGUAGAGGUCAGCAAGUCAGUCGCCAUCCUCACAAGCACAUUCGUCAUCAAGCUCCUCAAGUCCAAGGAAGCAGGAGCUAUUGUUGAGUCCAAGACCUGGCCCAAGCUCCUGGACACCGAUGACCUUCCCAAGCGGAAACUGGCUGCUGUGUACCGUGCCCCCACCCCAGAGAUGAUCUGCUACCUUGACUUCAGCGUGUCCACCACGGGCAUGCUGGCUGGUGUGAAGAUGUCCCAUGCAGCUGCCACUGCUCUGUGUCGAGCCCAGAAACUCCAGUGUGAACUAUACCCGUCCCGUGAUGUUGCACUGUGUCUCGACCCGUACUGCGGCCUCGGCCUGGUCCUCUGGUGUCUCAGCAGCGUGUAUUCUGGCCACCAUUCCAUCUUGAUUCCUCCGUCAGAAGUGGAGACAAACCCAGCAGUGUGGCUCUCGUCAGUCAGUGUCUACAAAGUGAGAGACACCUUCUGUUCGUAUGGUGUGAUGGAACUGUGUACUCGCGGCCUGGGGACAUCCACAUCGGCUCUCAAGGCAAAGGGUGUGAACCUGGUUUGUGUGCGGGCAUGUUGCGUGAUUGCAGAGGAGCGGCCGAGGAUACAGCUGACGACAUCCUUCACCAAGCUGUUUGCCAGCCUGGGACUCUCCCCUCGGGCUGUCAGCACAAGCUUUGGCUGCAGGGUCAAUGUUGGAAUAGGUCUACAGGGUGCUUCAUGUCCAGAACCAACAACUGUCUAUGUUGAUCUGCGCGCCCUCCGCAACGACCGUGUGACACUAGUUGAGAAGGGCAGCCCUCACAGUCUUUGCCUCAUGGAGUCAGGCAAGCUGCUGCCAGGAGUGAAGGUGGUGAUUGCUAACCCUGAGACUAAAGGCCAGUGCGCUGAUUCCCAUCUUGGAGAGAUCUGGGUGAGCAGUCCCCACAGCGCUACCGGCUACUUCACCAUCUAUGGCGAUGACUCCCUUCACCAGGAUCAUUUCGACUCCAGACUUGCCACUGGAGAUACGCAGACAUCGUAUGCUAGGACAGGGUUCUUAGGCUUCAUACGCAGAACAGAGCUCACACAGUCAGAUGGAGAGCGCCAUGAUGCUAUCUUUGUUGUUGGAGGCCUUGAUGAGACCAUUGUGUUGCGAGGCAUGAGGUACCACCCCAUAGAUGUAGAGACUAGUGUGCUUCGAGCGCAUAGGAAGAUCUGUGAAUGUGCUGUGUUUACAUGGACCAACCUGCUGGUGGUGGUUGUUGAGUUGGAUGGAAACGAAAAUGAGGCUCUUGACUUAGUCCCCUUGGUAACAAACGCAGUAUUGGAGGAGCACUACCUUAUCGUGGGUGUGGUUGUCGUGGUUGACCCAGGGGUCAUCCCGAUCAACUCCAGAGGAGAGAAACAGCGGAUGCAUCUACGAGAUGGCUUCCUGGCUGACCAGCUCGACCCCAUCUAUGUAGCUUACAAUAUGUAGGCAACUCAAAUAGCUAGCCCAGACUUUGACAGGUUUACCUGUCUUGACCCUACACAAUCUGGUUCUUUCAGUUAGAAGAUGGAGUCAUUUAUUUUUUAUUAUAUGGAAGAUCAUGUUGGAUCUCAAAAUACAGACUUGAUGAUAAACAGACAUUGAAACCAACAUGAGUAAACUGGGUCCAGAAAGGAGAAAAGUUCAACAAUCAUCAGCGAUUAAGUUCCAACUUUAUUUACAAAUUUCUCAAAGUAACAGUAAUGAAUAUGAAGUUAUCAAGUGGAGAGAGGGUUCCACCUAUAAAGCAAACAGGAAUGAAAGCAGUGGCAAAUGUAUACAAGAAUGGGACAUCUCGGGUGUGAUGGGUCUGGAUGCUGAAGGGCACAUGCUUUUGAAUUGCUAGAACCUUGGCUUCAAGACAGUGCCCUCAAAGCUUCAAAGUAAAAGAGAAAGGUGGUAUUGUACGAAUAUGUACAAGCUUAAACCUGGAUGGAUCGUGAUGAGUCUGAAGUAUACAUUUAUCAAAGUGAAAUAAAUGUUUUGGCUUGAGUGAUGUGCUGUAUGGGCCCCAUUUAAUGAUGCUGACGAUGUGAUGAAGAUGUAUUUUAUGAGAUGAGACAUGUUCACAAACAUGCAGGAUUGAUUUCCUCAUUUAUUUGGGACCCAUCUGUGCUGUCCAGAAAUAGACAGGUCAGUGACAAGGUGGGAUUUCGCUAUUGACGUGCGGUGAUUGCUAUAUAUGAUACUAUGUGCUUGACAUUGAAUCAGUAAUCUGUCUGCAAUAUAGGUGUGUACAUUACAUGCUUGAAAUGAACAUGGUGAUGGCAGAGAUGUUUGGGUGAGCAGUAUAUGGAACGUUGAAAGGGACGUGAGAAAAAGACAAUGAAUGAUCGUUGAUGUGCUCUGAUGUGAGGAGAGUUUGAGUGACAGUUCCAGUCGAGUAUGGACAGAUCAGAGUUGAGAAGGAAAUUGAGGAGUGUUUUGUUGUCCUGGAAAUUAAAAUGUUGGUAAAUUUAUGACAAUAGGAAGAGUUGUCACAGGUCAUCACUUGUGGUCCAUCUUGAUGUCUGUGUUAGUAUACUAGAUAUUCAAGAUUGACAGCUAAUGACAAGAAAUGAACUAGGUCCUGACUUAAAGAUACGACACUGAAAGAACAUAUUUUGGUUAUUGCUUGCUAGUACCACACUCAUAGUGAAAAAUAGACUAACAAAUAUGCUUUCUAAAUAUGCAAGAGUAUUCAGUAGAAUUUAUUAUAUCUAACUGUAUAUAUACAGAUAUGAUUAACAUGAAAAUUAGGUUUUAGAUCAUCAAACUUAAUUGUUGUUUCUUUGAAUUUUGAAAAUAUAUCUUGACUUUCUCAGUUCCUUUUAGCAUGGUGUCCAAAGAGAUGGAGCUAAUGCCAAAUUCAUCAUCUGAUCUCUCAAUCUUGUAUUUUGUACAUGUAACUAGCAUGAAAAUAACUGUAUGCCACAUGAUAUUGCUUAGGAGAUUGUGUUGAAAUAUGCUUCCGUUUAGCUAUUCUAUGUGAUAUUUAGUUUAUUAGCUGAAACCAUUCUUACGACUGUGGUGUUAAAAAAAUCUAUUGUAUGUGAUAGUGCAGUCACAAAAUUUGUAGGGUGUAAUACAAGGGGAGCUAACUCUGUAAUCCUAGUCACUAUGCUGUACAGUGCUAUUGUUGUGUCCCGGCAUAAUCGGUAGAGUACCCAUGCAGUGAUGCCAUUAAUAAUUUGGUGUGUAUGGUUUGAAUUGCACCACGUUAUGCAUGUUUUUGAUACUUUCAUUACUCAGAUUAUAUUUUAAUUUGUACAUAAAAAUAGUAGAUGCUUAUGGUGUUUAUUUCACAAGCUACCACAAUCUUUCUGUACACAGUUCAUCUGUUAUCUUUAACUUAUUUAUGUCUAUUCCUGCAGUUCAGGAUAUCAAACUACUAGAAGUAGUCUACUUUCUUCCUCACUGUAAAACAUUAGGUGGUAACUUUUAGGGUCUACCAAAACAUGAAUGACAGCAGUUUUGAUAUGUACAAAAAAUUGUAUAGAAAUUAUAUUCACUUAUUCACAAGACAUUCACAUACUGACAUUUCAAUGAACAUUUCAUUAAAAUCAUGAAUUUAAACCUUCAUGCAUGUAUGUGUGUUGUGAUACAAUUGCAUGCUUCGUACCAAACUUAUGCACAGAAAGAACUUUUGUGCAUUGAAUCUCAUUAAGCUCCACAAAUAUAUAUCACAAUCUAAGAAAAUAUUCCUGUACCAGUUCCUCAUCAGUCGUCAUACAUUCAGUGAACGCGUCAUUGAGUUUGUGCAUCACAUAACUGAAGAUGCUAAGUAUUAACAGAGUUUGCUGAUGCUCAGAUGUGUGUGUUCUGCAGCCUGCUUCACACCACCCUGGGAUUAGAUGAGGCAUUACCUGACAUGGACAGAAAUAGAAUUAUAAGAAUCAAGAAGAGGAACCAGUAACAGCUCUUCUCAUGUGCAUGAAGUUUUCACAAUGACCUGUUACGAAAAUACUUUAAGAGCAACUGUUCAUGUGUAAAUGUCAAAUGCAAUGGGGUGUCCUAGCGCUUCAAGCAAUGGGCACAACGUGUGAAGCCCAUUUUGGUGGUAAUGAUAAAAGUGACAUAAUUAUUUUCACUCUGAAAUUGAGAUAAACAACUUUCUCUUUUAAUUCCAAGUGGAAAAGUAUUACCAUGUCAUAACAGUGUCGUAAACAGUCUCUUGUAAGUGUAUUAUCAAGUGGUCGAUGAUUGGCUGCAGUCAUUUCACUCUUGCUAUGACGAGGAGUUACUGCCCUUCCCUAAAGUUUGGCUGCUGGGUGGGAACUGUUUGAGCAAAGAGGUGUAUGAUUCUGUUUCGGUGGGUAGAGGGUUAUGUGGUUCCACAUCCAAGGGUUGGUGUGAUGCGAGAGGUGCAACAUAUUUACUUGGGUUUAAGGAUGGAUGACGUUGCUAGAUUCGUUCCAGUCAACCAAACCACACACAUUCAUAUUUAUCUUUCCAUGUAUGUGUCAGUGUUGUUUCAUAACCAUGUGAACACAACUUCCAAAACUGUUUUAAUGUCAAAGAACAGGGUUUUUCAGUUUUCCUUACUUAUAAUCAACCUGGGGCAUUCACAUAAAGCUGACGCAAGACUAUUUACAUUUAUGUUUGCUGUCAGUCAUCAGGAAUGGAUACAGUGUUUGAGAUUAACAAUGCAAGUCAAGGGGACCUUGUGACAACAAGUUAGCAAUUGAAGAUAAAUGGGUCUGUAGAUAUUCUAUGGCAGAAAACGACCCCAGGACCCUUAAUUUCAAACACUGCUGUAUCAGAUUCAUCUAUGGUAUAUUUGUCGAAGGAACACCUGCAGUUAUAUUCACAAUCAGUUGAAGCACACCACACAGAAACAUUAUCCAUUAUUCUUGACAGGGUGCUACACCUCCUCCAGAGGGAGAUUUAGAGUUCUCCUGUCUGUACCAUAUACACAUGUAGAUAGAUCUAGACUAAGGAGGACUGAUUUCUAAUACUUAUCCUAUAAAAGAGGAGAAAAAACAUGGCCAGUUAUCCACUGUCUUGCUUAUUCCAAACUAUUCGCCAUUAAGCCAAUUUUAUGCUCAACUGUAACCGAUUUUUGUGUAUUGUUUAGAAUGUUUUUUUUGCAAGCCAGCAUGUUUUUUUUUCCAAGUGUCUUGUUUCAUAAUGUCAUUAAUCAUUGUUUUAUUUAGUUUGUAAAAAAUUUGUGCAUACAUGCCAAUGUAUAUAGAUGCUAUGGGUGAUUGAUAGAGAGUGAGAAUGCUUCUACCAGACGACCAUGGUAAAAGAAAAUAUUUGCUUUUAUCAUGGCGGAUGAUUGAUAGGUUUAACUGACUAGAUUAUGCUAAUUAUUCUUUAGGUAUACUUUUGUGAUGGAAAAUUUGGUUCUUGGAAAUAACACUUCCCAGAAGAAUUUUUAAUUACCGGUACAUUAAUUUGAUUUAGUCGUUGAACGUUAACAAAUCUUAAACUGAUAAUCACGUACAUGUUUUAUACAUUGUCUUCAUAUUUCAGCCACUUUUCAUAAUAUAACAAAGUCACAACCUUUCUCCUGCUUUUUGCAUAUUAUCAAGCUAGACAAUUUUGCACAUGUAUGCAAAGUUCCUGUUCCUUUUUACAUUCCUGAGUAGUCCCAUGUUAUAUUUUGUUCCAUAAGCUUUCAGUGUUAGUAAGCUGAAAUCUGCAGUAUUUUUUUCUAUUUUCAAAGUUUUCUCAGUGCCUCCCAUCAGUUAUAUUGCAUUCUGGUAUCUUGUAAUGUUCAUGUUGAGGAACAGUUACCUCCCUUUGAAUAGACUUGAUUGACAGGAGAAGCUAUUUUUUUGGAUGCAAAGGACUCUAAAAUGUAUUCAUGAAAAUUCAGAUGCAGCAUCACAUAACAUCAAUCAUUCAUACUAAAGUUUGCUUAAUAUGAAAUAGUUUGCCAAAUUAAAAGAAGCUCAUGGUGUGCAGUUAAUAUUGAUUCAUUGCAUAGAUGGUGUAUCAAUUCACGAGAUGCUGUAUGGAAUUUCACGUUUUUUUAAAGAAGAAAACAUUUUUUUUAUGUUGACUAUAUUCAAUGUUGUGUGGUAAGUGUAUCUUUGUUUCAUGAACACAAGCUUCGGUUUGGAUGUUAGAAGAAUUACUAGCUAAGAUGCAUGCUGAAUGCUUUAAACCACUGUACAUAUGAGCUCAAUUCAAACAUGAUUCAAGAUAUUGAUUUAUGUAGCGUCAAACUGAUUACAAGAAUAUUUCAAGUGAUUAAUUCCUUGAUUUCUUUCACUAUCUUUCAAAUUUGCCAUAUUUGAUAAAAGCAAAGUUUUUUCCUCUCAGUAUGCCCUACAUGUGAAAUAUGAUGGAUAUCUUGUACUUCUCAAUGCGAAUGAAAUGAACGCUUGACGUGUGUGUGUGUGUGCAUGCUAGAAUCUCAUAGAGUGUGUAUAUAGACAUGUGUAGGUUAUAUUUGGACGUACUGCUAUUGACAACUUGUAAUGUAUAAAACUUUAAUUGUGACAGGUACUAAUGAUCAUUUCAUGUUGUGCAUCGUUUUUGUUCGUUAAUUAUGUGAGUAACAAGUUUUUGAUUUGAUUAUUGGUAGGAGUAUGUUUUUAACUAUUGGAUAAAUAAUUCAGACAUUAAGACAAGGGUACAAGCCCAUGUAGGUUUUUCCUUUCUGCAUAUUGAAUAGAGACAUUGUUAAAUAUGUUUCAUGAAAUGUUUACAUCAGCAUCCGAUGGGAUCAGGAAGUUCAUCUGCAUGUAGUAGACAUGUUAAAUCAAUAGAGUUUUUCAAUUUGUCUUUGGUAAUUUUAACAUCUAUUUUAACUUUGAACACAUAAUGUUUUAUUACUUUCUCACGAUAACAUCAGUAUUUAUUGAAGUUUUAUUACAUUGUUAAAUCUGUACACUGGUUAUUUAGAAGACUUAUAAUUGUUUAGACAUUAAACACUGUUUAAAAGUCAAGUUUAUAAUGUUUGAAAAGUUUGAUUAUGUAAGUGAAAUGUUCCAAAUAGCCAUCAACAUCUUAUAUGUUUAUUACAUAUUAAUAUUUUGCAUUUUACUGCAAUUUGUUUACACCAAUAUAUAAAAAACUAAGAAAAUAUUUAAGAUUACUUUUCUUGUCAGUGUUAGAAAUAUUCGUUGUCCAAAUAAUUGGAAGUGUUAAGAAGUAUACUUUGGUUAUGAUUUCCUAGGAGAUACAUAUUAAUGGUUGACUAUGAUUGCACAGCUAGCAACACACAAAGCUUGUAUAUGAGAAUAAAGUGAAUGUACAUAUUUUGUGUGACACAAAAUACUUAUCACCCGCUAGUGCAAUAUAAGGUAACAAUCGGUGAUGGAAUUUCAAACUAGGUAAGCCAAUUCCACUGAGGAUUAUAUUAAUGGGAAAGAAAAUGGUUUGUUUCUCUUGGUACUGUUUCUAGAAGUGUUGGUGAUUUGGAUAAGUUUAGAAGACAAGAAAGUAAGAAAUAUGAGCAGAGUUUACUUUUGCCAAAACACUGAGUUCUUCUCUGUCAUUUAAUUUUUUUAGGUUCGGAAUAUAUCAUGGUUUUCUUACAUUGUAACUUGAACUGUUUUCCUUAUACUUACUGAAUUAUGGUAUAAUUAUAUUUACAGUCAGUAUUUUAUUUUCCCUCAUAUUUUAUGUUUUUUUUAUGCUAAAUAAUCACCUCAGUAUUACAUGGGAGUAUGAUGAGAAACAAACCAGAUUCUGUCAUUUAAGCCAUAUGCUUUUCGCGGUAUAUUAACAAAUUACCUUGCCUUUGUAAAACAAUACCAUGAGUUUGAAUGAACAGUUCAAAUUAGUUUUGAAUAUGCUAUGCAUUACGAUAAGUUGAACAAAUUCACUUCCAUGAGAUAGCACUUCCACGGUGCAGUAUGUUUCCCUUCAGUGAAGAUGCCCUCAUGGUCUGACCCUUGGGGUCAGUGACGUGGCUUGCUAGGUCAAGGGUCAUAUGAAUAUGCAUAUUGGGUCAUCUUGCUGUGUGGGCAGUAGAAUAGCUCUGUGUUAAUCUGCUGUCAACUAUACAUUGUUUGUAAAACUGACUUUUGUAUUGUGUACAAUAUUCAUGACCAGUGCUUGGUACUUUUCAAUUUCAACUGGAAUAAAUCCAAUUUGCAUAAA